UGCUUAUCUAUAUAUUGUGACUGUAGAUAGAUAUUAUAGAUAGCUAGUAAUUUAAUUUAAUGUUUUUAAAAUUAUCUUAUAACUUUAAACAUUGUACGAUACAUUUUUUCAUUAUUGUUCAUUUCGGCUCAAUUGCGCCUGUUGCGCCUGGACAAUUUUUGUAAAAAUACAAUCUGCGACAAAAUUAUAUACAAUUCAAUAUUAAUUAUAGACACAAAAAAAGUUACCACAAUCGUUUCAUUUAUUAGAGUUUUGAGUGUGCUGCAAAUCGAAUUCAAAUUUAUUGGUACUAUUAUUCAGUACAAAUGUUUAUAAUAAUAAUAUCUAUUGUAUCUUUUGGGAAAAAAAGAUACAUGAUACUAGUGCAUCAUGAUACAUAUUGAUACUUGAUUCUUCAAAAUUAUAUAUCAAUAUCACGAUACAAGAUACAAUUGUAUCUAUGAUACUGCCCAACCCUGGUGCCAGUGUAUGCUGUGUAACAUCUAAUUAUAUUUAAUUGCGACCAAUUUUGAACUACUAUGGAAUCUUUCAAAAGAGUGCUUUCUAUACAGAGCCACGUUGUUAGUGGAUAUGUGGGUAAUAAAUGUGCUGUGUUUCCAUUACAGAUAAUGGGUUUUGAAGUGGAUGCUAUAAAUUCUGUUCAAUUAUCAAACCAUACUGGAUAUAAAACUUAUUAUGGUCAAAUAUUAAAUGAAAGUAAUUUAUCGGAAUUAAUAACUGGUCUUGUUGAAAAUGAAUUGCAUAAUUAUUCACAUCUAUUAACUGGUUAUACUAGAUGUCCAAUGUUCUUAAAGAAAGUUGCGGAAGUUUAUAAAAUAUUGAAAAAGAAAAAUCCAGGGUUGAUAUAUGUUUGUGAUCCUGUAAUGGGUGAUAAUAAAAAAAUGUAUGUUCCAAAAGAAAUAUUAGAUGUCUAUAAGAAUGAAAUAAUACAUUUAACUGAUAUCCUUACACCGAAUGAAUAUGAAUUAGAGUUAUUAACUGGUAUAACUAUAACAACCCCUAAUGACAUUUAUAAGGCCAUGAAUAUAUUAUAUGCUCAGGGUUGUAAGACAGUUGUUGUGUCAUCUUCCAGCAUAUCAUCGAAUUCUGUUAUGAAGUGUAUUGGAAGAAAUUUUUCUUACGAGGAAUAUGUAGAAUUAGAUAUUCCCAUCAUUGACCAAUCCUUUAUUGGAACUGGAGAUUUUUUUACUGCAUUGUUAUUGAUAUGGAUGAACUUAACUAAUAAUAACUUGAAGCAUUCCAUCGAAAAAACAGUUGCAACUAUUCAAGCAGUAUUAAAACGUACCAUAAAAUAUACAAAUGAAAAUGGUUCAAAGGAUCCAAUAAGCAAUAAAGAAUUAAAACUAAUUCAGAGCUUGAGUGAUAUUCAAAACCCUGAAGUAACAAUAUUUGGUACUAUGAAUAAAGUUGCAUAAUUAUUUUUGAAUAUAUUUAUUUAUAUAUCAUUAUACCUUAUAGACAUUAUAGUCAUUGUUAACUUUUAGAAUAUAACCUUCAUAACCCAAUAGUUAUGUUUGAGUUAAUAACUUAUUAUAAAAAUACAUAUAGUUGAUAUUAGGUAAUGUACGAGAAUUUGAACUAUGAAAUAAACUCAUGAGCUUAAAAUAAUAUGUACCUAUAAAUUAUUGUGAAAAUUACCAAAUAGUAUUUACUAUUUUCUUAUUAUAUAAAUAUAUAAAUAUAUUGAAAAUAUAAUAAUGUCUUCCAUAUUAUACAACUGUGAAUUCCAAAAGCUUCCAUUAAUAAUAAAUUGUAUUUAUUGUUUUUACCCAGUUAUAUAAUUUUGUAUUAUAAUUAAAUGUUACUUGAUAGAGAAAAUAAACUGUUUUAUUAA